GGAGGCUGUGUGCUUUGACGGUCUCGAACUGCGCGCAUUGAUAGCUCACGAGGAUCGGCGACAUAUGCAACUUUCAGUUCCUGCAAGCGGCACCGACAAUGUGCGUUUUGAAGAGGCGAUUGACUCUCACCUGGACAGACUCGAUGUUGAAGGGACACGGUUUCGAGAUCACUACUGCAGCUCAUGUGUACGCGUCAAAUCCGGUGGUGUCGAUCCUGAGACAGGGGAAGAACUUUUGAUAGGAAUCCGAGCCGUGGUUACCAAUGGAUUGACCAUCGGUCACUGGCGCUGCAGCGCUUCCACGGAACAGCUCACAGAGCUGGUCACCGCUUCUGGCAAUCCUCCACCUGAAGGCCCUUGCACCAAUCGACUAGAAAAUAUUAACGAUCGUUUUUGUGCCUAUCACAAAAAGAGUCUGGGGAAUCGUUGCCACGUACAGCCGUGCCGGAGUGAUUCGCUUUCAGACUCAAAAACUUGCGGCGAUGCAUCCCACAUAGAAGCAUGGGCCAAAUUCACCGAACGAGUUAAAUCGAACUUUUCACUCUCCGCUAUCCUGAAUCGCCCUGGAUCCAAUUUGCCCUCUGAUCCAACAGUCCACCUGGACGCCGAAACUGGCGAGUUCAUUGACUUGGAAGGAGUACGCGAAGCUGACGAGUCGAAUCGAGCCCAUGAGGGCGCCCGUGAUGGUGGCCAAGGAAAGAAAUUGGUAACUUCAAGGUGUCGGACACACAACGACCAACUCGUAGUCGGGUGUUGCGGAAUUAUUUUAGCACGUAAAACAUUCUAUCACGCAGAGUCUGUAAGUGCAGUGAAGCAUUUCCUGGAGGAUACCUUUCCUCAAGGUAUGCCGGAGGUAGUGUUUUACGACAACGCUUGUCGACUCACCGAACAUAUAUACCACGGAUCUGGGGAAACACAACGCUUCCAAGGAACUGUCAUACCGGUUGAUCCUUUCCACCACCGUUCCCACGCCGAAAGUGACCAAUUCUGCAAGCUCUUCACCGACCCGAAACUCUUCCCGGAUAUACAAGAAAAUGGACAGUGGAUAUUCAACGCUUCUGCUGCCGAGCUUACAAACAUUUGGUACGGAGGUUUUGCGUCAAUGUGCCGUAACAUGCACUCCCUUCGAUAUAAUUUUUUUCUGGAAGAGAUGGUUUAUUUGAGGAACAUGUGGCUCACAAAGAAAUUGAGCAAACGCCCGGGGAUGGAGUUUUUGGGAAUUGGUAAUAUUUAGAUGGAGUGUUUGUCUGAACUGAACUGAGAAUCAAUUUUGAUCAUCUUAACGACAUAACAAUCUUUAUGUUUACUCUGUAAUUUCUCUGUUGCUUUUUGUUGCUUUUGCAAAACGAAAACACGAAAAUACAAGUUGAUGACAUGUUUCAAAGUAUAAACAUUUCUUUCAUUUUCACUAGAGCUGAGCAGCUUCUGUAAAAAUGAAGUUAUGAAAAUGUAAAAUGUAUCAAUUGCAUUUCAUCGCUUGAAAAGAAUGUAAUGUGAUGGGUGUUUCACGC